GGCCGCGUCUGGCCUCCGUCAGUCCCCGCCCCGCGGCGCUCGCUCCGCCGUCUGCCUGCCUGCCCGACGCCGGGGCUGCCUUCUCUCCCUGCCUGCCGUUGGGGAGCCCAGCUGAGGCAGCCGCUGCUCGUCCCGCUCCGACGACGUCGCCGCCGCCAUGAGCUUCUUGUUCGGUAGCCGUUCUUCUAAAACCUUUAAACCAAAAAAGAAUAUUCCGGAAGGCUCCCACCAAUACGAGUUGCUGAAGCAUGCGGAGGCCACGCUUGGAAGCGGGAACCUGCGAAUGGCUGUCAUGCUGCCCGAAGGCGAAGACCUGAACGAAUGGGUCGCAGUGAAUACUGUGGACUUCUUCAACCAGAUCAACAUGCUUUAUGGGACUAUUACAGAUUUCUGCACAGAGGAGAGCUGCCCAGUGAUGUCUGCAGGUCCAAAAUACGAGUACCAUUGGGCAGAUGGAACGAACAUAAAGAAACCAAUCAAGUGCUCCGCACCAAAGUACAUCGAUUACCUUAUGACCUGGGUUCAAGAUCAGCUGGAUGAUGAGACGCUAUUUCCGUCCAAAAUAGGUGUUCCUUUCCCAAAGAACUUCAUGUCAGUGGCCAAGACCAUCCUGAAGCGUCUCUUCAGAGUUUACGCUCACAUCUACCACCAGCACUUUGACCCCGUCAUCCAGCUGCAAGAAGAGGCGCAUCUGAACACAUCUUUCAAGCACUUUAUUUUUUUCGUUCAGGAAUUUAACCUUAUAGACAGAAGAGAACUUGCUCCACUUCAAGAACUGAUUGAAAAACUCACUUCAAAGGACAGAUAAGCAGAACCUCGGGAUUUGUACAAAUCACUUGUAUCUUUAAGCAGGCAUGUGGUGGGUUCGGGGUUUGGACUGCAAUCCUCCACACACACACACUCGUUGAGAUCAGUGGGACUUACUCAUGAGCAAGAGUGUGGAGAAUUGUAAUCUUAAUUUUCUUUUUCUUUGUUGUGCGUGGGUUUUUUUUUUUUUAAAGAGAAAAAGGAAAAAAAAAUAAUUCAGGCAACCUAGACCCAUUCUCUGUGCUUUUAUUAGAGGAUCCCUUUUGUCUUUUAGCGAGGCACACGUAGUGAAUGGUUUUCUGUUCUUGUUCGUUGUGUAAUAUUUUUUUUUUAAGCAGACCUUGAGUGUUUAUAGAAGGAAACGACAACAACCGCCUGUUUGUCGGGCAACGUGGCACUGCUGGUUGUAUGGGUUCUGCAUUGCCAGUCGUUGCCCAUUCUCAGAAAAUCCUUACAAGACUUAUUCUCCAAGUGCCUUGGCAAACUUGCUUCUGAGGUACAAAGCACAUCGCAAAGUACAUUGCUGGAAACGAAAACACCAACUACUACCCAGGAUAUUUACUAACACUUGUUUUCUAUAUAGAUAGAUAGAUAGAUAUAGAUAUGUGUAGAACUUCUUUAAAAUAAAAAAAAAGCAAGCCAUAACUUCUACCGGUGAUCUCCAGCUUUUAAAUCAAAGCAAUGCCUUUAGAGAUGAAUGUGAGCGGCUGGGAGUGGGGUAGGAUUGUCCUGAGGGAAGAGAGAGAAAGAAAAAAAAAUCUGUCUUACCUUUUCCGUGGCAGCCCCAAUCUGUUAGUCUCGCAUCUGCAGAGGACCAAGGAUAGCAGAGCGGGGUUGACCACUUUCUUCUAGCUUAUAUUUCUUCUGAAAAUGUUAAUUUAGAUCAGCCGCUGUUCUGUGAUUUUUUUUUCUUUUUGGUUUUUGAGCAGCUUGAGUUAUUCUGUUAUGUUUUACUAAACCUCGCCCCCCCCCCCAAGGAACCCCCCAACAACAGCCGUCGUGUAGGAGCAUCAGGUGAAACGAAAGGGGAGGUUGGUAACAAAGGAUCUUUCUCCCCCUAAAAAUUGGCUAUUCUUGGCUCAUUUUAGUGGUAAGUUAAGGAAGUCCUCUUGACAAGGGAAUGUGAGCUCUUCUGCUGUUUUCUAAGAGGAGCUGCCUCAAAGGUUAGUUGUUCUAGUAACUUCACACCUAUUCUGUUGUGAGCUCUUAGUCAGUUGUACAGGGGAACUACACCUAAAUGCUGCAACAGUUUAUAGGGAACAGAGCACAACUGGGAAUUUUUCUGGUUUAAUUUUUUUUAUCGUUUGUUAGAUUCUUUUUCAUUUUUGUUACCCAUCUUGUUUCUCCUCCCUGCCCUUCAACUGAGGAAAAGAGGAGUCAGUAUCACAUAACUUGACAACUUUCUAAACAACCACCGCUGUGGCUUAUAAAUGAUUGUUUUGGGACCUUCACAAGAAAACUCAGGACUCUUCAUGCAGAGAAAAUCAAGAUAAUGAACCGUCUCCGGUUCACGCGUUAGUACUUGUCAGGUUUUAUUCGGUGUUCCGUGUGCAAACAGAUCUUUCCUGGGUAUUUUGAAACGUGCAGUUCCCUUCAUUGCUUAGUUGUUGCCUCUGAAACAGAAAGAAUUUGUUUGCUGGAGCAUCUGUUUAACAUGUCUGAAAGCUACAGCUGGGACUGUGCAUGCUGGAAAAAAGCCUUCCUCUGUGGAGGAAUCUGAUUGGAAGGCUGCUCCAUGGUGCCUGCACUUUACAAGCGUGUGUUGCCUAUGCACCAAAAUUGGAAAGUUUGAAAUAGAAGCAUGUCCUUUUUGCAGUUGUUUUUCUUUUUACACUACAGCUCUGUAUUUCUGUGGUGUCAAUGAGAUUGCAUUCAGACACAUACUUUCAAGUCUUACAGUUCUAACAGCUAUCCAGCAGAGUCUGUAACUUUUGAACUCAUCUCGAGUUGUUGGCAAGUUAAUUACAAGAGUUUGGAAAUACAGGAAAUGUUGCAUAUGCAUUGCCGAGAUCUACUUUUUCACAUUCUGGACCUUGAUAAUUAGAGAUCCGGUGCUUGGAGAACCAUCGUUCUAUGUGAAGACAGCAAAACUGGAACAAUCAGCAAUUUUAAUGUUAUUUAAUGGCACAAUACAGUUAGUUUCACCAAUAGAACUUAGGCUCAUAAUCCUGAAAUUAGAAAUUCAAAUACAUGACUGAAAAUCUUUUUUUUUUUUUUUAAAGGGAUUUACACAGCAGUUUGCAAGUAACAGUAGCUAUAAACUAAAGUUUCCUUUCCUCUUCAAACUGAGUUACUCCAGACUGAGUCCAUUGCUUGCAGUUAGUUUAGGGGUAACAGGAUUGCCCUGUUAACAUUUCCCUAAUAGAAGUUAUUUUUUUUCCCAAGCCGCUUCUGCCAGAAAUGCAUCUUUGGAUUUGGGAACUGGAGUCUUGAAUAAUUUUAAUUUUAAGGUCGUAGUUAGACCUCCAGCCAUGCUGGCAUAACAUUUGUGUUAAAUAAUUUUAAUCUAGAGACUUUGUUCUGUUAGGGGUUAUAGUGACUCUUGAGAAUAUGUUUAGAAGGUUUCAGGUGCAUUUUAAGGGGGAAAAAAUAAAGAAUACAAAACUUGUGUUUGCUUUAGUUGCUGACUUUCUAUCGCAUAGUGAAAGCCUGGAGAUCACUGUUUGAAAGUGCUGUUGGUUAAACUCUGCUGGUUUGCGUUACACUUAAAAGCUGCAGCACUGAAGAGAGUGGCGCAGCGUUCAGAAUGAGUAUUCUCCCUUUUCUGUAUCGCACUGCAAGGUUUUCGUGAUUCAUUGUUUUCCAAAUUAUGCACAGAUUUAAAAAGGGUAUGUUAAGAUUAGCAACCAGAGCAUAGCCUGGAUUUUUUUUUUUUUCCAGCUGUAAAGUUCUCGAAGAACAGAACAGCACAGUAUCAUUAAACACCAAGUCACUGUUCGGAACUUUUCUUUUCCCAUUUCUUUUUAAAGGGAUACUCAGCUUAAAUACUGGACUGCUUUUUUGAUAUUAAACAUCAGGGUUGCUGAACACUGGGGAACAGGCUACAUUUCUAAGGCUACCUUUCUAAUCGACAGCCAGCCCGGUUUCGAACCCUUUUCUACUUCCUUUACAAAGGAAAAGCCUUAUAACUUCGAAGCAGACUGAAAGCGUUUUGCCCUACCACUGCAUUUAGCUACCACCGUGUUUCUGCCUGUCGGUAAUACGGUUGGUAACACUUAACGAGACGACAGGGCGAAACUGAUGUCGGUCAUCGAGAUAGGCACAAGUCCCUUGAAACCAACCGUAUUGUGCUUUCUUGAGCCAGCGAGUUGAUUCAUUUUAUCCAGAGUUUUAUGUUGGCAGGGCAGAGCUUUUGAAUUCUGUCCACAGAAAAUUGUUCAUCUAGUUUCCAUACUCACGUCGGGGAUCUGUGCUCAUAGUAGAAGUAUAAAAAUGGUCCCACGUUCUGCUAUUUGAAAUAACCGGGCUUUAGAGGGAACUAGUUUUUUCCUUGAAAUUUUUGUUCAGUAAAAGAGAGAACGAUUUUUAAAAAGGACAAACGUCCCUUUUGCAAGCUCAUGCCAAGUUUUCUUUCACUGCCUUCUAUGCAAUGUAGAACUCCGAAUAUCUGCAGUUAACCUUAAACUAGUAAACCAGAGGCUUUGUUGAAAUCUUUCUUUGAAGUUCUCUUCCCAGGCAAAAGCCUAUUUGCUGCUAUUGACUCUUUUUACCUUUUAGAUUUUUUUUUCCCUUUCCCUUCAGCGCUUGCCUUGGUUUGGCGUGCAUCCAAAAAGAAAACAUUGGGCUUGGUGAAUGUCUUAAACCAACCACUUCUUCAUUUCUCCUGAAAUACUAUAUUAUUGUAGGCAAAAAUACCAGUUUUCUUUUUCUUAAUUCAUAACAUGAAGGCAGGUUUGCCAAUUUUUUUAAAAGACUGCAACGUGCCUGUGUUGCUUAUUAUUAUUAUUGUUUCUAUUAUUAUUAUUUGCGUUGAAUUUCUUUAAUGGAUAGGACCUUUUGGGGGUUUUCUAGACUGCAUUGCUAGAACCACUAGCCACUUUAGAAGUGAGAUAUUAACAUUUACAUUAAAGUUUAUUUUAUAUUUUAUUUCUGUCGGUUGUACACAUAGUUUUCUUUUUUUUUAAAAAAAAUAUAUAGUUCCCUCCUAAAAUUGCAGAGUGAAUAACUCAGAUUUUAAAAUCCUUUUUUCUGUUUCUUCCCUCCCCCCAAGAACUGUCGUUUCAAUAGUUUUUCAUAGAUUGCUGUAUUUUUAGGGGAAAAUUAAUUUUUAUAGCCACUAAACUGUACUCAUUAUUUUUGUACAUGUAUAACUUGUCAUUUGGGAACACAAGUCUUUUGAGAAAUCAUUUGAUUCCGUGAUGUUUUGAAUACAUUGGUUUGCAGAUGUUUUGUCGCUGAAUAUUUGCCAUCGGAAUAACUUUGACAUGCAAGCAGACGAGGGGCUCAGCGGUAGCCCUGCUAAAUUGGAACUGGGGACGGAACAACUUGAUUCUAAGUGGCUCUUAGACACAGUGUGAGAGAAGAGAGACUAGGAAAAAAGCACAUGGACCAAUCUGUUGUACUGACAGGGGAAGCACAGCGGGAAUUUGAUAGUUCCCCAACACAGUCACAGCAACCCCUGCUGAGGACCAGGGGUGGAUUCUAGCAGGAGCUCCUUUGCAUAUUAGGCCACAUGCCUCUGAUGUGACCAGUCCUCCUGGAGCUUACAAAAAAAGAGUCUUGUAAGCUCCUGGAGGAUUGGCCACAUCAGGGGCGUGUGGCCUAAUAGGCAAAGGAGCUCCUGCUAGAAUUCCACCCCUGCUGAGGACUACUUUUAUACAGUCUGCAGAAGCGAAUCGUAAACCUUCUUGGACAAUAUACCACAAUGGGGUUGGUGGAAACAUCUGUGACUUUUGAGGAGAAGACUAGGUUAAGCAUCUCCAGGAUAAUGUUAACACUUACGUUCAAAGAGUGUUUUCAAGGAGUCCUUGAACACGCAGCUCCUAGCCUGUGAAACAGCACAGUCCAGGAAAAGUUUGGCUAUUUGAUUUUUGCCGAUUGUAUAAGAUCCAGGAGCUCCUUUGCAUGUUAGGCCACACACCCCUGAUGUAGCCAAUCCUCCAAGAGCUUACAAGGCUCUUUUUUUUUGUAAACUCCAGGAGGAUUGGCUACAUCCGGGGUGUGUGGCCUAACAGGCAAUGAAGCUCCUGCCAGAAUUCCACCUGAUAAGAACUCUAGUAGACUAACAUUCCUUGUGCUUUUACUCGUUUUGCCAGAUCUCCUCGCAGCCCCCCUGGUUUUUAUUGUUAUUUGCAUUGCAUUUCUGAAAUUUGCCUCCCUGCGUGGAGUUUACCCGAGUCUGCCUAGUGUGAAGCAAAAAGGGUAUUUUGCAAAUGCAGCGUUAUAAUGUUAACACAUCUGCUUCUUUCAAUGUUUCAAAACAGCUGGAGGAAAAAAUAAAACCCAAAAGGCUUAAAUAUAAAAAAUACAACACGGAGACCUGUACUGUAAGCGGACUGUGCCAAUAUUACUUCAGUUUGUAAUCAUUAUCGAUCAGUACUUGUUUUAAAUGAAAAUGGCUUUUUGAUUUAAAUAAAAAAAAAAGUUGAAUGUCUGAAAAUCUGCAACACAUGUAUUAGAGAGAUGUAAAUAAUGUAUACAGAUUGUUGUAAGUGAUGGGAUGAAAAAAUAUAUAUAAAUUCUAGGCUUUUUUUCAGUAAGAACUGAAUGCUGUUUAUAAGAAGAAAAAUAAAUAGCUAUGUUUGACCAC